AUGCAUUCCCAAAAUUUCCUCACUUUCUUCUUCUUCCUUCUCCUCUCCUCCACCACCCUCACUUCCUCAACACCAUCAUCACAGAACGACGAUUUCGCUCGUCCUAUAGAUCGCAAGUUGUUAGGCAUAAACAAGAAGGAAAAGCUAAGUCAUUUCAAAUUCUAUUGGCAUGACAUUAUGAGUGGAAAAAACCCAUCUUCAAUCAUGGUUGUUCCACCACCUUUGAAACUAAACACCACCACUGGUUUUGGUUUAGUUAACAUGAUUGAUAACCCUUUAACAUUAGGACCAGAAUUGAGUUCCAAACUUGUAGGAAAAGCUCAAGGCUUCUAUGCAUCUGCUUCACAGGUUGAACUUGGUUUUCUUAUGGCUAUGAAUUUAGCUUUCAUUGAAGGAAAGUAUAAUGGAAGUACUAUCACUAUCUUGGGGAAGAAUCCUGCCAUGAGUAAGGUUAGAGAGAUGCCUGUUGUUGGUGGAAGUGGACUCUUCAGAUUUGCCAGAGGCUAUGCUCAAGCUAAUACUCAUUGGGUUGAUUACAAAACUGGAGAUGCUUGUGUUGAGUAUAAUGUUUAUGUUUUUCAUUAUUGA